UCCAGAACCUUCCAGCAGCCGGCGAAUAAAGGCUGGGCGGCUGCGGUGUGAGGCGUGAGGCGACCUUCAAAUCAUUCACGGGAGCGGAGAGACCGGUGAGGGAGUGUCCGCCCGCCCGCCCACUCACCGGGGCAGUGUGAGCGCUGUUAGCCUUCGCUCGGUGACCCCCUCCGCCGGCCCAGGUCCGGGGUAAUCCCGCACUCCCCUCUGGCGAUCGGCCCCGGCAGAGCAGCGAUGGUGAGGGAGACCGGCUACUACGACACCCUGGGUGUCAAACCCAACGCCUCGUCGGACGAGAUCAAGAAGGCGUAUCGGAAGCUGGCGCUGAAGUAUCACCCCGACAAGAACCCGGGCGAGGGCGAAAGGUUCAAACUUAUAUCACAAGCCUAUGAGGUUUUAUCAGAUCCUAAGAAGCGAGACAUCUAUGACCAAGGUGGUGAGCAAGCCAUUAAAGAAGGAGGAGUAGGGGGUGGUGGCUUCUCCUCGCCCAUGGACAUCUUCGACAUGUUCUUUGGUGGUGGUGGCAGAAUGCAAAGGGAGAAAAGAGGCAAGGACGUUGUGCACCAGUUAGCUGUUUCACUUGAAGAUCUUUAUAAUGGAGCCACAAGGAAGUUGGCAUUGAAGAAAAAUGUAAUUUGUGAUAAAUGUGAUGGCUUAGGAGGCAAGAAGGGAGCCGUGGAAAAAUGUCCAAAUUGCAAAGGCAGAGGGAUUGAAAUCCACGUCCAACAAAUUGGACCGGGUAUGGUGCAGCAGAUUCAGACAAUGUGCUCAGAAUGCCAUGGACAAGGUGAACAGAUUAAUCCAAAAGACCGAUGCAAAAAUUGUAAUGGACGCAAAAUUGUGAAAGAGAGAAAAAUAUUAGAAGUUCAUGUGGACAAAGGUAUGCAAGAUGGGCAGAAGAUAACCUUCCGUGGAGAGGGAGAUCAGGAGCCUGGAUUGGAACCUGGUGAUGUCAUCAUUGUGCUUGAUCAAAAAGACCAUGAAGUGUUCCGAAGACAUGGAAAUGACUUGAUCAUAAAGAUGGAAAUAUUGCUAGUGGAAGCUUUGUGUGGUUUCAAAAAACCAAUAGAAACACUUGACAAAAGGAUGCUUCUGAUUAGUUCAAAACCAGGUGAAGUUGUGAAAGAGGGCAGCCUUAAAUGUGUUCAUAAUGAAGGAAUGCCUAUUUAUAGAGAUCCAUUUGAAAAAGGACAACUGAUCAUACAAUUCUCAGUAAAGUUUCCACCAUAUGGAUGGAUUUCACCACAAAAUUUGACUGAAUUGGAACAUCUGCUUCCACCACGUCAAGAGCUAAUGAUCACUGAUGAUAUGGAGCAUGUGGAGUUAACAGAAUUUAUCCCAGAAGAGCAACGCCGAAGUUACAGUGGGGAAGCAUAUGAAGAAGAUCAAAAACCUAGAGGUGGUGUUCAGUGUCAAACAUCAUAAUCAAUGAAGAGCAAAUGUUUGGGAAGAAAAAUAGACUUUGCAAUGCAUCAAAACUAUUUUAAUAUUCUAAAAAGCAUUGCUUUGGUUAUCCAGGAAAAAAACAAGACUGUUUAUUUCAUGCAACAUAUACUUGAACAACAAGGUGGUAGUUUGUUUUCUGUUUUAUUGUGGUGGAAAAGAAUCUUUUUUUAUGUUACAAGGUUUGAUUCUGUAUUUCUAUGUAUUGAAGCACUGUGUACUUUGUCAUAGUCUAUCUGGUGUUUAAUCUGUCCAUGCUAAAACAUGAAUAUCUAAAUAUGGACCUAAAA